AUCAGCUUGUGAGGGUUUGGAUUUUCUUGGGUUUCUCUGAGUUACUUUGGAUUGUGGAUGUCAGUUUGCAGCCCUGCAUUAAAAAGAUUUCAUACAAAACAACAUAAUCAUCCCGUUGUGAAUGUAGACAGGAUCUUCCUACACAGAGUUACACAGUAAAUCAACUACUGGUUAAUAUGGUUCGGAGAUCCAAGAGGCUGAAACUGGAGCACAUAAAAGAGGAAACCGACUGCAGGGAGAAAGCAGAAAUGCAGAAUGUGUGUGCUGCAAAGGAGAGAGCAAAGCAGUGCUGCAGGGAGCAUAAACAGGCACUGGAGUUUUUCUGCCAGGAGGAAGAGGCAUUUAUCUGUGUCCUGUGUGUUCCCAGACAUUCCAGCCACAGAUUUAUGUUCCUGCAUGAGGCAUUCACUGUGUAUAAGGACAAACUGAAAAUAGCUUUAACAUCUAUAGAGUCCAAACUGGAAGAUCUUAAAUAUUUGCGAAGCAAGCAGGAUGUGGAAAUUAAAGUACAGGAAGAAAAUUUUAGGUUGGAACAAUACAUUACACACAAAUUUGCAAAACUGCACCAGUUUCUGCAAGACAAGGAAUGGAAACUCAUCCAGCAGAUUAAGAAUGAAAAAGCAGCCAUUUUAAAAGAGAAGGACAGAACUCUUGAAUGCAGUAAACAUGAUGUUAUUGCCUCUAAUGUGGCAGCAUCUGAUAUUAACUUGGAGCUAAAGAAUAAAGAAGUGGAGAUUAUGAAAGAGACGGAAAUUAAAUCUGAAGACACUGAAACUGAUGCUAUGGCCACUCAGGAGACGUUGUGUAACAAAACUUUGAAGUUCAGACAACCAGAAGCUACUGGCUUUCUAAAAGAAGAUGUUUUUAGUUUGGAACAGUGCAUUACACAAGAAAUUGCAAAACUGCACCAGUUUCUCCAAGACAAGGAACAACAGCUCAUCCAACAGCUUAAGAAUGACGAAGCAAAUAUGAGAGAGAGAGACAAAAAUCUUGACUGCAUUCAGCCUAAUAUUAUUGCUUCUAACAUGUCUGAUGGUAACUUGCAACUCAAGAAUGGAGAUGUGGGGUCUGUGAAAGAGAUGGAAAUAAAAUCCGAAUGCAUUGAAACUGAUAUUGUGGCCACUUGUGAGACGUCUAACAAAAACUUGGAUCUCAAGCAACGUGAAGCUGUUGGUAUCCUAACAGUACCAGAAACCUUUGAGGAUGUUGCUGUCACUUUUUCAGAAGAGGAGUGGCAGAUGUUAACAAAACAAGAUAAGAAGCUUCACAGGGAAGUGAUGUUGCAGAACUAUGAAACCUUGGUUUCAGUAGGAUACAAAAUCCCCCUAGAGAAGUUAUUACUAAUAUUUAAAGAAGAUGCGGAUCUACCAAAGGGUGAUAUGGAGAAAUAUAUAAUGGAACAGAAGGCUAUUACCCGCAGUAUUGGAGACAGUGAGUGCAGCAUGAGCUGUAGGCAGAGGCCAUCACCUGGGGCACCUCUGUUAUACCACCCAACAGGAAACCUGCAGCAAUGUACUCAGUCUGUGAAGAGCUAUGACAAGCUGAAGCUCACUCCUAUAUCACAGAUUCAUUAUGGAUGUAACACCGGCAGGAACACUGAAUGUGAAACAACUUGUACGGUGCAGAAAUGUCCGUUAAUACAUCAGAAAGCUUCCAAAGGGAAGGAACAACAUAAAUGUGCUGACUGUGGUAAGUUUUUUAUGUAUCGACGUUCUCUAAUACAUCACCAAGUUAUUCACACGGGAGAGAAGCCACAUCAGUGUACUGAAUGCAGUAAAAGCUUCGCAUUUCGCAGUAGUCUUCGACGGCACCAUGCCAUUCACACAGGAGAGAAGCCAUAUAAAUGUACUGAAUGCAGUAAGUGCUUUAUACAGAAGAGACACCUAAUGUGCCAUCUCAAUUCUCACACCGGGAAUAAACCAUACAAAUGUAGUGAAUGCAGUAAGAGCUUCAAACAUAGCAGUAGUUUCCUACAGCAUCUAGAUGUUCACACAGGAGUGAAACGAUAUAAAUGUACUGAGUGCAGUAAGAGCUUCACAUGUCUUGGUAACCUACGCAAGCAUAAAGUCAUUCACACAGGAGAGAGGCCAUAUAAAUGUGCUGAAUGCGGUAAGUGUUUUGCACAAAAACAAAAGCUAGAACACCACCUGAACUGCCACACAGGGAAUAAACCAUAUAAAUGUGCUGAAUGUGGUAAGGCCUUUGCACAUCCAAGUAGUGUUAAACACCAUGAGGCCAUUCACUUAGGAGAGAAACGAUACAAAUGUUCUGAAUGCAGUAAGAGCUUCCUCCGUCUUCGUCACCUUCUACAGCAUCAGGCUAUUCAUACAGGCGUGAAGCCAUUUAAAUGUGUUGAAUGCAAUAAGUGCUUUGCACAAAAACAUCACCUACUAAAACAUCAAAAGACUCACAAAGGCGAAAAACCAUAUAAAUGUGAUGAAUGUGGUAAGUGCUUUACAGAAAAGAUAAACCUAAAAUACCAUCAGAUCUCACACACAGAGAACACACCAUAUAAAUGUGCAGAGUGCAGUAAAUAUUUCAGUUCUCGACGUAGUCUUCAACGGCAUUGUGCCACUCACACACAUGAGAAACCUCAUAAAUGUACUGAAUGCAGUAAGGCCUUCAUGUAUCUCAGUACACUUAAACAGCAUCAAGCCAUUCACUCACAAGAGAAAACAUACAAAUGUACUGAAUGUGAUAAGAGCUUCACAGCUCUCUGUCAUCUUCAGCGGCAUCAUGUCAUUCACACCGGGCAGAAACCAUACAAAUGUUCUGAAUGUGGUAAGUGUUUUACAUGCAAGCAAUACCUAAAAUAUCAUCAGCUUUCACACAGGGAGCACAGCAUAUUGAAUAAAUUGCUGGCUGAUAUGGUUCGAAGAUCCCAGAGACUGAAGCUGAGAGACACAAAGCAGGAAAAUGAUUGCAUGGAGAGGGAAAAACUUCAGAAUAUGUGUUCCUCAAAUGGGAGAACAGAGCAGUGUUGUGAGGAGCACAGACGGAGACUGGAGUUGUUCUGCCAGGAGGAUAAGACCUUUAUUUGUAUCCUGUGUAUUCCUAGACAUUCCAGCCACAGUAUUGUGUUCCUGCAUGAGGCAGUCAGAGUGUAUAAGGUACCAGAAACCUUUGAGGAUGUUGCUGUCUCAUUCUCAGAAGAGGAGUGGAAGAUGUUAACAAAAUAUGAUAUAGAACUUCACAGGGAAGUGAUGGUACAGAACUAUGAAACCAUGGUUUCAGUUGGAUACAAAAUACCUAAAAAGAAAUUAUUGUUGCUGUUUAAAGCAAAUGACAAACUGCCAAAGACAGACGUGAAAAGAGAAAAUUCCACAAAACAGAAGGCUGUUAUUAAGAAUAACCACCACAGUAUCAGUAGCACAGUUGGGACACCACAGUUGCAUAACCCAGCACAGAACCACCAGUCUGCUGAGCCUGCGAAGGGCUACAACAAGCCAUGUCUUGCUCCAGUACCACGGCUUCAUUCAGGACAGAACUUCAGUAAAAGCUCUGAAUGUGACACAAGUCUGACAACUCACACAGAGGAGAACCUAUAUAAAUGUACUGAAUGCAGUAAAUGCUUCUCCGGUCUUGCUGGUUUACAAAGGCAUCAUGCCAUUCACACAGGAAUGAAACCAUAUAAAUGUACUGAAUGUAGUAAGUGUUUUACACAAAAGGGAAGCCUAAAAUAUCACCAGAAUGUACACACAGGCAAUAAUGCAUAUAAAUGUACGGAAUGCAGUAAAGGCUUCAAUUCUCACAGCGAUCUGAGAAAGCACGUUGCCACUCACACUGGAGAGAAACCAUAUAAAUGUACUGAAUGCAAUAAGUGUUAUAGACAAAAGGGACACCUAAAGUACCAUCAGAAUUCUCACACAGGGAACAAACCAUAUAAGUGUACUGAAUGUAGCAAGUGUUUUACACAUCUCAGUAGUCUUCGACAGCAUCUUGCAAUUCACACAGGGUUAAAACCGUAUAAAUGUCCUGAUUGCAGUAAAUGCUUUAGACGAAAGGAGCACCUAAAAUACCAUCAGAAUUUCCACACGGGGAAUAAACCAUAUAAAUGUACUGAAUGCAGUAAGACCUUUUUACACAUCAGUAGCUUUCGACGACACCAGACUAUUCAUAGCGGAGAGAAACCAUAUAAAUGUGCUGAAUGCAAUAAGUGCUUUCCAUACAAGGAAAGCUUAAAAUACCAUCAGAACUCUCACUCUGGGAACAAACCGCACAAAUGUACUGAAUGCAAUAGAUGUUUCACACAUCCCAGUGACCUUCGAAAGCAUUAUACCACUCAUACGGGAGAGAAACCAUAUAAGUGUACUGAAUGCAUUAAGUGUUUUACACGUCUCAGUAGCCUUCGAAAGCAUCUUAGCAUUCACACAGGAGCAAAACCAUAUCAGUGUACUGACUGUAGUAAGUGCUUUGUACUAAAGCAACAUCUGUUAGAACAUCAACAGACUCACAAAUCAGGCAAACCUUAUAAAUGUACUGAAUGUAGUAAGUGUUUUAUAUCAAAGGGAAGCUUAAAAUACCAUCAGAACUCUCAUACAGGGAAUAAACCAUACAAAUGUGCUGAAUGCAGUAAGUGUUUCUCAUAUCUUAGUAGUCUUAAAUAUCAUAGUUCUACUCACGAUACUUCCGCCAAGAAAACAACCUUGCCAAAAGAAAUCUCGUCCUCGCGUUGUGGAAAGAAAGAAAAGAUGCAAAGUCUGUGUGCUACAAAUGGGAGAACAGAACAGUGCUAUAGGGAGCAAAGACAGAGACUACAGCUGUUCUGCCAGGAAGAUGAUUCCUUUGCCUGCUUUCUCUGUACUCCUAGGCAUUCCAGCCACAAUGUUGUGUUCCUGCAUGACACAGCCACUGUGCAUAAGGAAGAUGUUUGGAGUGUGGACCAGUAUGUUACACAAGAGAUUGCAAAACUGCACCAGUUUCAACAUCACAUGGAAGAAAGACUUAUUCAACAUCUUAUGAAUGGAGAAGCAGCAAUUCUAAAAAAGAUGGAGGAAAAUCUCAAAUGUAUUAAAAAUUAUGUUAUAACCACACAUAUGGAAGUGUCUGAUGUUUACUUGGAAGUCAAGAAAGAGGAAGUAGAAAUUGUACAGGUAUUUGAAGAAAACAUUGAAAACAUUAAGAGUUAUAUUAUGGCCACCCAACAGGCAGUGUGGGAUGAUAACAUGGAGCUUGGAAAAGGCAAACUUAAAAGCUUUCUAACAGUACCAGUAACCUUUGAGGAUGUUGCUGUGAAUUUCUCAGAAGAGGAGUGGAACAUGUUAACAAAACAAGAUAAAGAACUUCACUGGGAAGUAAUGGCACAGAACUGUGAAACCUUGAUUUCAGUAGGAUAUGAAAUCUCUCCUCAGAAAUUGUUACUGAUGUUUAAUGCAAAUGGUAGAAUGGCUAAGGAUAAUGAAGUGGGAGAAAACGCCCCAGAACAGAAGGAUCUUCAUGAAGGUAAACUCCAUGGUAUCAGAAACACAGAAUGCAGUGUGAUUUACAAUCAGCACCCAUUAAUCCAGACACUGCCAUUAAGUCAUCCAGCAGAGAGCCUACAGCAAACAUUACAUCAGACACCAAUGUUAUGUCAUUCAGCAGAGAACCUGCAGCAAACAUUACAUCAGACACCACUGUUAUGUCAUCCAACAGAGAACCUGCAGCAAACAUUACAUCAGACACCAGUGUUAUGUCAUCCAACAGAGAACCUGCAGCAAUGUGCAGAGCCUGUGAAGGGUUACAACAAGCUUCAUCUCACUUCUGUACCUCAGCAAAACUUAGAAAAUAACUCUAAUUCCAGUUGUGAAUAUGAUACAAUUUGGAGAGCUCAAACAGAGAAGAAACCAUAUAAAUGUGCUGAAUGCAGUAAGUGUUUUACACAAAAAAGAAACCUAAAACUUCAUCAGGCCAUCCACACAUCAGAUAGGCCAUAUAAGUGUACAGAAUGUGGUAAGAGUUUUACACACCAAAGGAACUUAAAACUUCAUCAGGCUAGUCACACAGAAGAGAGACCAUAUCAGUGUGCCGAAUGUAGUAAAUGUUUCAAAAGAUACCGUGACUUGAAAUGCCAUCUUGUUGUUCAUACAGGAGAGAAGCCGUAUAAAUGUGAAGAAUGCAAUAAGUGUUUCACACAACAAGCAAGUCUACAAUCCCAUCAAGCCAUUCAUACGGGAAAGAGACCGCAUCAGUGUACUGAAUGCAGUAAGUGUUUUAGAAGACUUGGUGAUUUGAAAUGUCAUCUGGACACUCAUACGGGGCAGAAACCAUAUAAGUGUCCUGAAUGCAAUAAGUUUUUUGCACAGAAAAGAAACCUAAAACGUCAUCAGGCCACUCACAUGGGUGGGAGCUCAUACUAUAAGUGUCUUGAAUGCAAUAAGUUUUUUAUGUCUCCAAGUAGUCUUCAAAGGCAUCAUGGUCUUCACACGGGAAAGAAGCCAUAUAAAUGUACUGAAUGUGACAAGUGUUUUGUGCAAAAGAAUUAUCUCUUAAAACAUAUAUGGACUCAUGCAGUGGAAAAGCCAUAUAAAUGUACUGAAUGUGAUAAAUGCUUCCCUUGCCAAAGCAAACUUAGAACUCAUCGUACCCGUCAUACAAGAGAGAAGCUGUAUAGGUGUACAAAGUGCAACAUGUCUUUUACACUAAAUUGCUAUUUGUUAAAACAUCAACAGACUCACCUGGGAGAAAAGCCAUAUAAAUGUGCCGAAUGUAAUAAAUGUUUUUCACAACAACGGAAUCUAGUAGAUCACCAAACAAUACAUACGGGAGAGAAACCACAUGUGUGUGCUGAAUGUGGUAAGUGUUUCAGACAAAAGAGUGGCUUGGUAUAUCAUCAGGCCAUUCAUACCGGGGAGAUGCCACAUAAAUGUAAUGAAUGCAAUAAGGGUUUUGCACUUCGCAGUCGUCUGAUAAACCAUCAGGCCAUUCAUGCAAAAGAGAAGCCAUACAAGUGUGCUGAAUGUAGUAGAGGGUUCUCAUUUCUGAGAAGUCUUCAAAGGCAUCACGCCCGUCACAAGAGGGAGAAUAAAGAGACACUAAGUUUAGAAAAUUAAAUAUUGGAGAAACUAUAUUAAUCUACUGGAUGUAGCCUUACAUGCCACAGCAGAUAUUCUCUCAGGCCAUUCAUAUAGGCAAGAAAUGGGGAUGGUUAAAAUAGUUUAGCCACAUGAAAUAUAGGCAUGCCCCAGAUUAGGAAUGGGCCCGUACCUAUCACAACUUUAAAAAGUCUUCAUCAUUUGGAAAAAUUAAACUAGAGAGGAACAAGACAGAGAGAGAGUUAAACCAGAAGUGGAUGGGAAACGGGUAGCAAAAGAAAGUGAAACAUGUAAAAACAAGAGGAAAUACAAGACCGAAAUCAGAAGAGGAAAAGUGGAAAGCCUGCAGCAAUGGUGGCAAAUAAAGGGAAUUACCUAAACUAGAAAGUAUCUCUAACAAAUGACUUGCUAAACAAAAGUGAAUGUAAAUCGGAAAGUGAAAGGCUGAUAACAGCAGAUCAAGGUACACAAGAUAAAAUUUGUAUAAACAAGUGGAAGAUAAAGAAAAUUAGAGGUUUUGUAACAGAAAUAAAAGCAGUUACACCUCUCACUGCUGGUUUUGAAAAGCUUAAGGCAGAAAAGUCAUAAUAAAUUGUUACGGUUGAUGACAUCUGAACGUGUAGAAAGAUGACAUUGUGCUAAUAUACAAAAGGCACUAGAAGAAGGGAUCACAAAGAACUGCUGAAAUGAAAAUAUAACCAUCACAUAGAGAGCUUGGUAACUACUGACAAGUACUGCAGUGAGAAAUAGACAAAGGCAGUAUUAAUUAUCGAAUAUCCAUCCAUGGCGGCAGCAGUGGCUUCUGCACCGAGAGGCAUUAAAAUCAAAGAAUACUGGGACAUGAAUGGAGAAAUCAAGGAAAUAUGAACACAAACAUGCAAGCAGUUUUACUGCUCCUUAGUAAAUGGACAAAUAAAGGACUCAUGUAUGUGAAGCACUUGCUGUAGUAGAAGACAGUUGACUGAUUCUGUGUCUUUUCAGCAGUAAUUAUUUUAGAGCAACUGAUUUUUCUGCUCUCUGAAGUUUUUCAUAGCCAUGGGUAUUAUAAUGAGACUGUUUACAUUUGUACAGUGUGGCCACUUGACAGCAGCAGACACUGAACUAUUACAUUUUCAAAUCUACUUAUAUAUUUAAUACUUAAUUUUAUUUAUGAUUUAUUUUAUUAUAUGCUGAAUAAAUGAGCUGUCCCCUGACUCUCUUCAAUCAUGGUGCAGAUCACAAGGGCAAGGGUAGAUGCAGUAUAUGGGCACUUUACUGUAGCCAAAUAGCUAGCAUGCUUUUGGAAGAAAACCUGAGUACGAAGAGGGAGAACCAACACAGGCACAGUGUGAGCAUUGCGCAGGCAAUGACCAGAGUACAUGUUAACUCCCAAAAAGGAGGUGACGAGGUCCUGACCGAACCCAUUCUAUCCAUAAAAUGGCUAAGAAACCUGGAUUGAACUAGUUAAAUGUAUUUCCUGGGUCUUGCUGAAACAUGGCAUGAGUUUGUCUUCACUGGUGCUUGGUAACUUGAGAUAAUAAGCAGCUACAGUUACUAUCAAGUAUUUACCGUAGCAAUAGAUGAUUAACUUCUUUGCAUUUUCAGUAUUAAUCGCUGCUGACAUUAACAGAUUUGUGCUGAUAAUUUGCUGGUAUAGUACAUGUAUGUGUGUGUGUAUAUAAAAAUACAAUAAAUCAAAAAAUAAAAUCAGUCACCAUUAAUACACCCAACUCAAAUGCAUUACUAAUUCUGCAUAACAAAAAUAAUAGAAAAGAAAUGGAACAGACCAAGAAUCAGGAUUAUGGCAGAUAUGAAGCGCACUUUACAGCAAUAAAAGCACUAAAGACUUAAAUUUAAGUGCAUUACCUGGUUAGGAACCAAACAGUACAUCAAAUAAGGUAAAAAGUAAUCUGAAGAAAGUAAAAAAAAUAAACUCCACACAGCAAAAAUGAAGUAGUUUAGGAAGAGAGUGGAAUAAAAUGAAACAAAAUAGUCUCCAUGGCAACAGAAGGUAGACAGUUGAAGCUAGGGUGGUAUUCAUAGUCCA